UCGAUAUUCCACUUUUAAACAUAUCGCAAUAAGGAUGGAGCAUGAAUCAGAGCAUCAUGAUGCGUCAAAUGACGAACAAGACAUUACCAUCGAUAUGCAGGAUGGUUUUUUCGACCUUUUGGAUGGUAAUGACCAAGAAGAUUCCGGGUAUAGUAUAGCCAAUGCCGUGGAUUAUGCACAAAAAGCAGCUACAAACUCUGAAUACACAGAUAAAAGCAAGAAAAGGUCAAAUAAAAGGGGCAUAGAAUCAAUGGACAUUGAGAAAGAUGAUGCUGAUGGAGUUAUACAAGGUCCACCUAUGAAGACAAGGGCUAAUAACUCAGACAAGUCUACCGUCUCUCUCGAUGCCCAAGCUACUGAGUCAUCGACUUCCAAACAAGAAGUCAAUAGCCAUCUUACUUCAGAUACCAAUUGGUCUGAUUUGGGUCUUUCAAGGUCAUUAAUCAAGGCGGUGUUUGACAUGGGAUACAAGGCACCGAGUAUUAUACAAAGCAAGGUAAUACCUGUUGCCCUGGAAGGCAAGGAUCUGCUUGCUACGGCAGAAACUGGCUCUGGAAAGAGUGCAGCGUUUUUGAUUCCUACUCUCCAGAGGUUGAUAACGGCAGGGGUCAUUAAACAAAAAGACGUAGAUUUAACACGCGGUGGUAAUCAGAGGGUCGGCACAAAAGCUCUUAUACUGUUACCAACGCGUGAACUUGCUGCGCAGUGUUACGAUGUAUUCCUAGCUUUGACACAGAAUUUGACGCAGAAUGGAGUGCUCAUCACUGGUGGCGUGCCUGUCAAAGAACAGGAGGCAAAGCUAAGGCGUAUGCCAUAUAUAGUAUUCGCCACGCCGGGUAAAGUACUGGAUAUCAUGUUGAAUUCAAAUUGCAUACAUAUGGAUGCGAUAGAAAUUGUGGUCCUUGAUGAAGCUGAUCGUUUACUAGAUCUAGGAUUCAAGGAUGAAUUGGCACAUAUCCUGCAGUUGUGUAACAAGGAAAGACAAACAAUGCUAUUUAGCGCAACGCUCACUGAAGCCACCAAGGAGUUAGUGCCUGUCGCACUGGUCAAUCCAAUAUACAUCAAGGCAACUCCCAAAAUUACUGUUGCUAAAACUCUCAAAUGCGAGAACAUCCAACUCAAAAGCGACGACCUCAGGGAAGCGGCUGCACUUUACCUAUGUUCACAAAGGUAUACCAAGAAGACUAUACUCUUUUUCCAGACAAAACGAGCUGCACACAGAAAUGCUUUGGUGUUUCAAUUGGCUGGUCUGAAAUCUGGAGAGUUGCACGGCGAUUUGGCUCAAGCUAAGCGUUUUGAGCAAAUUGAGAAGUUCAAAAACGGUGAGGUGGACUUCCUGAUGGCCAGCGAACUUGCAUCAAGGGGUCUCGAUAUACCAGGAAUAUCGGCAGUAAUCAAUGUCCACUUACCCUUUGACAAUGUUAGGUUCCUGCAUAGAGUGGGAAGAACAGCAAGAAUGGGAGAAGAGGGCACUGCCAUAACGUUCUACACCGAAAAGGAAAGAUCGGCCAUUAAAAGCAUGAUGAAAAGUAUAACGGAUAAGGGUUCAAAUAUAGAUAAACAGAAAAUUAAACUCUCAGGCGCUGCCCUUAAAAAUUAUAAGAGUAAAAUAGAAGAGAUGGAACCAAAAAUAGCAGAAUUGUUAGCAGCAGAAAAGGUAGAGAAGGAGUUACGCCAAUGUGAAAACGCUAUUAAAUACGGAAGCUCCACGGAAAAAAGAGAAGAACGCAUAUGGUUCAGGUCAAAGAAGCAAAAGUUAGAGGCAUCCAAAAAUGAGUUGCUACAAACUAAAUUAAGAGCAAUAACGAACAGAAAAAAGGAUAAUGAACAUGAACCUGGACAAAUAACCAAAGUUAAAAAGAAUAGUUCACUUGGACAAAAUCAUGUGAAAAAAACGCGCAUGGCGACACAAGGGACACGUCAGAAAAGUACAAGCGGGAGGCGUGGAAUAACUAACAAAAAACAGUCUUCACGAAAACACAAAUAACGAUUUAUAAAUGUCAAA